AAUCAACCAUGAGUGACAAAGAAGAAGAACCCGUGAUUGAAUUAGAAGAAGGCGAAUUGAGCAAGGAGGAAAGACUCGAGGCUGCUCGCAAGCGAUACGAGGAGUUGAAGAAGAAAAAGAAGGGGAAGAAGAAGGGGAAGAAGGAGAAGAAAGAUAAGUCUGAAGACAGUCCAGUGCCAGAGGAUAAUGAUGAACCUGAGACAGAGGCAGUUGACACAGAAGCUGUUGCCACAGAAGCAGCUGCCACAGAGACAGUUGACACAGAAGCAUCCAUUGAAACAGAAACACCUGUUGACCCAGAAGCCGUUGAUACCGAAUCAGUUGAAACCAAGAAACCUGUUGAGCUGGAAUCCGCAAACACCCCAGAAAUAGCCCCUACUACCCUGGAUGUCACCAACCCCCCGGUUCCCUCCGCUGAUGCUAGCUCCCCCAGCGAAAUCGCCUCGCUCAAAGACACCAUCUUCAAGCACGAAAAAACUAUCAAAAAACUAAGAGACGAAAACACCGACUUAAAACUCGAGAAAAUGGACAUGAAAGACAAGAUCUCCGAACUCCAGGCCACCAUCGAAACUCUCAAGACCGGAAACGGUGCUUCGCAACACCAACCUCCUGUCAGAAAAUUGGAACCAGCCAAACCCAUCAUCACCACCAACAAAUACGCUUCAGCUUCCAAACAAGAUCUCAAUGACUUCUCCAAUUUGAGUGAUUUCAGAGAAAGACUCAUGGUCUGGAAACAUUGGCAAGUCGAUAUGACCAGCUGGAACAGUGUCUAUGCUACCGAAAAGGUGACACUUUAAUCACUCCAAGUAUAUAUUUGAAGAUAUCUAUUUACACAUAAUGAUAAAACCAAGGGUCUACCUGACUCGACACAACACCGUUCCCCCCAAGUUCUUUUUGGCGGCCUCUUGCACUUCCAAGAUUUCGCUUUCGUCAGUUUGGAUAAACAUACAUUCUGCCGGUUGCAAAGGACGAACAAUCCCCACCGGUAUACCUGAAGCCAACGCUUUUAUUUCUGUGGAUGUGAAGUGAACCUUUCUGUUGGGCUUCAGAACCAACGAAAAGUUUCUUAUCACCGACAAGUUGUCUCUGUACUUCAAUCCAAUCCAUAACCUCCUGCUGGAAAUGUUAUCUGGUGUGACUUCUGCUGGUGUCUUGUCGGGGCCGGCAUUGGAUCCUCUUUGCACAGACGAUAUGAAGCCCUCUUUGUACAACAAAAAGGAUAAUUGCAAGUGCAAGCGGGUGAAAGGAACCGACGUGGACGAGAUGUUCAACCGAGUACAGUUCUUUAUGUGGGCACUGAAGUUGGCCAAGUGAACUAACGACAUUGAGCUCGAUG